AUCGGGCGAGAGCAGACCUGUACAAACAGUGCGUUCGUACAAAGAGCGACUACAACAGAUAAUAGGCUGCGUUGAAAUCAAAAAGAAAGGCAGGUGUACACUUAUUCAACAUAUCAAACCUCUAGUAUUAUUAGUAAGCUGAGCAAAAUGGGAAAGAAUUCCAAGAACAAUCAAACGGUGGCUGCGCAGCCAGUGCAAUCUACUAAAGCUGUAACACAUAGUGAGCCCAAGGAGUCACAGAGACAGUCUGGGGAUACCAGCCUGGAAGUGUUUCUCUGGCUGUUGGCAUUUAGUGUGCUUAUGUUCACCCUACCCUUUUUGGGUUUUUAUGGCGUGCGUAGCUGGCUGCAGGAAUCCUUCACCACACUGAGCACAUUUGAAGUGAAUUGUUAUUCUGUGCUAACCGCUGUACUUGUUGUCAAUGCAAUUGUGGCCAUGUAUGUGGUAAAGGCAAUGCGCGAAAAAGUAACGCCUGCUCCAAGCAUUGAGGAGGAUGAGAACAAGAAAGAGCAGUAGUAUUAUCCUUAAGACAAUUUUAAUAAAUAUCAACUGCAAAUUUAAA